UGCAACAAGCUAUGACUAUGACCCAGCGCAGCACGAGUUACGUCUGUGCUCUUACGAAACCUUCCUUCGUGUUUCCCCGAGCGCAGCCGCUAGCUGUAGUAUAGACAUACGAUCGUUACCGAAGCCUCUGUUCGCCCUGCACUGCACUACGGACGAAGAAAGCGCAUCGCGACUUAAUCUCAAUUACCUCAAAGUCGAGUCCUAAUGCCCGAGAAGAGGAUUCUCAUUUUGAAGCGAGGCCUCAGAUAAUAUUCGCUCACGUUUUAGAAAUUCGUUUCGACAAAGAUUAAUCCGACUUUUUGAUUUGGACUGGUGAAAAUCUGCUGCUGUCGGUGCGUGGUUGUGGAAGCGGAUCCUUGUUUACGUUCUGGCCAGAUCCCAAGCGUACAUGGUUUGCCAGUUAAGAGGAAAAGUUACACGUGCAUGUUUUUAUUUAUUUAGGAGAAAAUAUCUUCCUUUGUAGCAUACCAUUACAGCUGAUAAUACACGGUAUCCACCUUUAUCCAGUGGCGGUUGUUUCGGACAUAAGUUAUGGAUCUAGCUCACACACGGACACCAGACGAGGUUCUGCAGCAUUUUGAUGUCAAGGAAGGAGUUGGUUUAUCUCCCCAUGUAGUCAAACAGCGUAUUGCUAAAUACGGAUACAAUGAGUUGCCUGCAGAAGAAGGGAAGCCUUUGUGGCAGUUGGUACUGGAACAAUUUGAUGACCUUCUUGUCAAGAUCCUGCUUCUAGCAGCAGUUAUCUCCUUUAUUCUUGCUUUGUUUGAGGAAGAUGAAGAUGAGAAAGUGACAGCCUUUGUAGAGCCCUUUGUCAUCCUGCUCAUCUUGAUUGCCAAUGCUGUAGUAGGCGUAUGGCAGGAGCGCAAUGCAGAGAGUGCAAUUGAAGCAUUGAAGGAGUAUGAGCCUGAGAUUGCCAAGGUGAUCAGGCAAGACAAGGUCGGUGUCCAGAGGAUACGAGCCAGGGAGCUUGUCCCAGGAGAUAUAGUAGAAAUCUCAGUUGGUGACAAAAUUCCAGCUGAUGUCCGUAUCACUAAUAUCAAGUCCACUACUCUAAGGGUAGACCAAGCUCUCCUCACUGGUGAGUCAGUGAGUGUAAUGAAACAAGUUGAACUUAUUCCAGACCCAAGGGCUGUCAACCAAGACAAGAAAAACAUCCUCUUCUCGGGUACAAAUAUUGCUGCUGGAAAAUGCAAUGGUGUAGUCAUUGGCACUGGUCUGUCUACAGAGAUCGGCAAGAUCCGUACAGAGAUGGUUGAGACAGAGACAGAGAAGACACCACUUACACAGAAGCUUGAUGAAUUUGGUGAACAACUUUCAAAAGUCAUCUCUGUCAUCUGUGUGACGGUGUGGGCCAUCAACAUCGGUCACUUCUCAGAUCCAUCUCAUGGAGGUUCCUGGGUCAAGGGUGCUGUCUACUACUUCAAGAUCGCCGUAGCUCUCGCUGUCGCUGCCAUCCCUGAGGGUUUACCUACUAUCAUUACUACCUGUCUUGCCCUGGGAACAAGGCGAAUGGCAAAGAAGAACGCUAUCGUCAGGAGCCUGCCCUCUGUUGAGACUUUGGGGUGUACCUCUGUCAUCUGCUCCGAUAAGACUGGUACUCUCACCACCAACCAGAUGUCUGCAUCAAGGUUCUUUUUAUUGAAGGAUGCACAGGGUGAUACUGCAAGUUUCCAUGAAUUCACAGUCAGUGGUGUUACCUAUGAACCCAAGGGUGAUGUGUUCAUUGAUGGUAGGAGAGCUGAUCUUUCACAGUAUGCAGCAUUACCAGAGCUAGCCACUAUAUGUGCUAUGUGCAAUGAUUCAGCUAUAGACUAUAAUGAGGCCAAGGAUGUGUAUGAGAAGGUUGGUGAGGCAACUGAGACAGCCCUGACUGUCCUGGUAGAGAAGAUGAACAUCCUAGGUACUGACCUAUCAAGGUUGUCCAAGGCUCAGCUCUCCAAUGCUUGCAAUCAGGCUCUUCUGUCACGUUACAACAAGGAGGUCACUUUGGAGUUUAGCAGAGAUAGGAAAUCCAUGAGCGUCUACUGUUCACCAUCCAAGGGUGGUCAGGAGAAGGGAAAUAAGAUGUUUGUUAAGGGUGCACCUGAAGGGAUCCUUGAGAGAUGUAACAGCUUGAGGAUUGGAUCAACCAAGAUACCUCUUACUCCUAGUGUCAAGAAUCAGAUCAUAGAGAAGAUCAUGUCCUAUGGUACAGGUCGUGAUGCCCUUCGUUGUCUUGGUCUAGCCACUGUGGAUACCCCCAUUAAGAGGGAAGAGAUGGAUCUUGAGAACUCGGCUAACUUUUCUAAAUAUGAGAGCAACAUGACAUUUGUUGGAUGCGUGGCUAUGCUUGAUCCUCCCCGUGCUGAGGUACGUGAUUCCAUUGAGGAGUGUCGUCAAGCUGGUAUCAGGGUUAUCGUCAUCACUGGUGACAAUAAAGCUACAGCUGAAGCCAUCUGCAGGAAGAUCGGAGUGUUUGGACCUGAUGAAUCCACUGAAGGUCUGUCGUAUUCUGGUCGUGAGCUAGAUGACUUGAGCCCAGCUGAACAGAAGGCUGCCUGUAUCCGUUCCAGACUCUUCUCACGUGUGGAACCCACCCACAAGAGUAAGAUUGUUGAAUACCUACAGAGUGAAGGAGAGAUCUCAGCUAUGACUGGUGAUGGUGUAAAUGAUGCCCCUGCCCUGAAGAAGGCUGAGAUUGGUAUUGCCAUGGGAUCAGGAACAGCUGUUGCUAAGAGUGCAUCAGAGAUGGUGUUGGCUGAUGAUAACUUCUCUACCAUUGUUACUGCCGUAGAAGAGGGACGUGCAAUCUAUAACAACAUGAAGCAGUUCAUCCGCUACCUCAUCUCAUCCAACAUUGGAGAAGUUGUCAGUAUCUUCUUAACUGCUGCCUUGGGAAUGCCUGAAGCCCUCAUCCCUGUCCAGCUUCUAUGGGUGAAUCUUGUGACUGAUGGUCUACCUGCUACUGCCUUGGGCUUCAACCCACCUGACAUUGAUAUCAUGGAGAAGCCUCCCCGUAACUCUAGGGAACCACUCAUCAGCGGUUGGCUCUUCUUCCGCUACAUGGCCAUUGGAACAUACGUUGGAGCAGCGACUGUUGGAGCAUCAGCCUGGUGGUUUAUGUUCUAUGAAAAUGGACCCCAUCUCUCAUUCUGGCAGCUGACUCAUCAUAUGCAGUGUCCAUUGGAGCCUAAGAACUUCAAGAGGCUUGAUUGUGAUGUCUUUGAGGAUCCUCAUCACAUGACUAUGGCUCUGUCUGUACUGGUCACCAUUGAGAUGUUGAAUGCCCUCAACAGCUUGAGUGAAAACCAGUCUCUAACAGUGAUGCCUCCAUGGUCUAACAUGUGGCUUCUAGGGGCUAUAGCUCUAUCUAUGUCUCUUCACUUUGUUAUCCUAUAUGUUGACAUCUUAUCAACUGUGUUCCAGAUCACCCCUCUGAACAUGGCGGAAUGGAUGGCAGUGUUAAAGAUCUCUCUACCAGUCAUCUUACUGGAUGAGAUGCUCAAAUUCAUGGCCAGGAGUACUGGUCAAGAGAGUUCUAAUUACAAGGGAAGAAAAUGAAGUCUUGACGACCCAAGACAGAGUUCUUCCAUCGGAACAGGGGAACAAAGAAGCAGACGUGCAUUGGAUACCCUUUGAUACCCCAUCUAUCACCAACAUCAUACUAUGGGAUAUUGAAUGGUUCAGAUAAAUAAUGGAGAUGAGUAGUGUAUUGAAUUCGCCUAAAUGGAGUUUGAAGAUGAAUAUUGAUUACAUAGACAAGGAGAUUUGAUUUCUUUUUAAUCCAAGGUUCUCUUGUGAGCUAAUAUAAGGGGUCGUACUCCUGUUUGGAAUGAAAAAAAGGUUGAUAUUUUACUAGGUGGAGAUUGCGUGCAGAAAUAUCUUUUUUCUUAUGCAAUUUUCAUAGUGAAGAAUUUAUAAAGUAUUGUACAGAACUAUUCGUAUUUAAAGUUAGCAAUACAUAGACAACUUGUAAUGAAUAUUGAUUCCUCUUAAAAUAUACUGUAAGAAUAUUGAGGAAAAUAAAAUGUAGAAAUUAGAUAUUCAUGUAUUCAGUUUCUAUCCAGAAGCAUUAAAUUCAUAUCAAAUGUAGAAAAAUAACCACACAGUUAAAGCUAACUGCUCUAUCUUUCUUAUAUUGUCGUUAAAAUUUUGUCCUCAAUUUGCUUUUGAUCUUGGUUUGUAACUUGCAUUUCUUUCAAGUUAACUUCCCUGAGAGCAGUGUAAGCAAAAUGUGGAUGUUUUUUCAUUUGCUUUAUCGUGAGUGUCAUAUUGAUUGAAACAAGAAAAAAUGCAACUCAACCCAGCAAGAAAAGUAAAGGAAUUUAGAAUGAACUUUUAUCUGUUUUGAUCUACACAGCAUUAGACAAUAAAUCUUGAAUUGUCAUAUUGAUUUCAUUUUUUUUUUUGGGGGGGGGCGGACAUUCUAGCAUUUUCAAUACAACAGGAACUUUCAUUAUAUGCCUGAAGUGCAGUUAUUAUUAAUACUUCAGAUAUUGUUUGUUGCAUAGAAGUUGUUUUUAAACUCCCAAAGAAUGCAAUAUAUAAGGAUAUUUCUAGUGUUUUUGUGAGAAUGAAAAAAAAAAGAAAAAAAAAAAGAUGUAUAUAUUUCCUAGUAAAGAAAAGCACAGGUAGAAUGUAUUGCAAAGUGUUUGUUUCUUCAAAAUAUUGAAUUAUAAAAUUGUGCCUACACAGAAGGGAUCAAAUGCUUAUUGAAGUUCAAACAAUGAAAUUUUAUUACAAUGAAAGAAAUUGCUUUAUCUAAUCCUAGAAAAAAAUGACUUAAUUAUCACAUAGAGCUAAUCCUUAUAUGGUGCUUUUAAUGAAGUCAUUGGAUUCAACAACAAAAUUCUCCUAUUCACUUUUCUCCAUUUUUUCCAGCAAUACUUUUAGUGGUCUCAUGCAUAGAUGCGUAACUUCAUUUUCAAAAAGUGAUUUCAGAUCUUCAUCAAACACUGCCCAAAUUCAUUGAUGCAAAAAUAAUGAAAUUGCAAAUUAUUUUGAUCUCUUCCCUUUUCGGGAAAGCCCCAUGUGGAUUCUGUUGUUUUAUUAUUAGUUCAUGAUUUUGCCUAUAUAUAUUUGAUGGUGUGAUUUUCUAUUUGAUAAAUGUAAAUUUUGUGAUUUUGUGAGAGAAAGGGAGGGAGAGAGAAAGAGAGAGAGAUAUACGAGAAAAAGAAACUAAGUGCAACAUGACAAAACGUUGCCGCGCAGUUGAACUGCAACUUUUUGUACAGUUUGAUCUUAGUCAAAUACAGGCAUUUUAAAAGUUGAAUUCAGGUAAAAUAUUUAUCUGUGUUUUCUAAGAAAUGCACACAGAUGUAGUGUAAUGAUGUAAGAAAUAUUAGUAGUUAUGGUAUGUAUCCAAUUCAGGUGUUUCUUGGUUGUACUAAGAUUUGUAAAGAUAAAAACAUCACAUUGCAUAUCAAGCUAUGUAUAGUGAAAGCUAGAUGAAACCAGAUGGACUUGAGGGUUUCUAUGAAAAUUCAUUCAGGGAUGUCACUCCUUUUCAUUUGUACUUGAAUGAAAUUGAUAAAGGAUUGUGAUAGUUUCUUUAUUUUUAAACAAUGCAAUGAUCUGACAUGCAACUCAUUUUGAUAUGAAUAGGUCAUCCUAUGAUGCCAAGCUGCAUGUAUAGUCAUUUUGAAAGCUCAAUUCCCAAACUCGAACAAUGACGUUUAAAAAGCAAUAGUAAUAGUUGGUAACAACCUAUAGGAGAAUUGGUAUGUGAAUUGAUUGUGAUUUUAAUUCUCCUCUAAUUAACCUGUUAUUACUGAUUGUUUGUUUACAGUGGAUGAUUUUAAUCUUUUUCACUGCACGUAAACAAAGAAGUUUCAGGAAGAGUUUAGGGAACUUAUUUAUCUAAACUCAAAAUUUUGAAAUUUUACUAUACAUGGUAUAGUAAUACCUAAACCAAAACAGAAUGAAAUGUUAGGACAUUCCUAGAUAUGAUUUAGAUAUGCAGAUUUAACCUUAAUUUGUCACAUAUUAUCAGGGUAAUUUCAUCAUAUGUAUUUCAUUCAUAUCUUUUACUAUUUACGUCGGAAAUAUAUUCAAGACCUGGACAUAGGAUUUAAAAAAAAGUAGAAAGACAUUCUACUUGUUGGGGGUAUUUGAAUGAGCACAAAUGCUUUGAUAUCUUGGUGCUGGUAACAAGGCUAACAGUUAACAAUUCAAUCAAAUCUACCUUCUCAGUGGUACUAUUUAAACUUUUGAAAGGAACAUGAAUACAAGAUGCUUAAACUCCAUUAAACCAAAAUGUGCAUGUACAACUGGCACUCAAACUUGAUGCUUAUUAACACAGAUUAUAUAUAUACCGGUAGUACAGACUUUAAGUAAGAGCUAUCAAUCAGCUUACUAUAUUCUCACAUUUUUAACAAUUAUUUAGAUUAUCCAAUAUUACACACUAAAAAAGAAAUAAAUAAAUGCUUGUAACAAUUUUUUCAUUGAUGAUCAUUUAAUGACUUUAAUUAUAUCCUUGUGUUUCUUCAGAGCUUUUAUUUAAUAAUUAAAACAUGCUUUUGAUCCGUCAGGAAUGUUAAAUAGUACCACUGAUACGAUUUGAAUUAAACUUAACCAAGGAUAGACGGGACAUAUUUUGUUUACUCUCGGAACAGUUUGUGUGUGUGUGCUGUAGAUAUUCUUGGAUAUGAAAAAUAUAUAUAUAUGUAUACAAUGGUAGUUUAGCUAAUGUGUAAACAGUUUAUAGUACAUGGUUCACUUUUCCUAUAACAAUCGGUAGCAUAAUUGAUGGGUGUAAGGAAAGAGGUAUUUAUUUUUGACAUGAAUAAACAAAUAUCAAUAUAUUUCAUACUUUUUUCUUCAGAAACAAAUAUGAAAGUUAACAGAAAUAUCAAAACUGGAAGACUAAAUGCGUUUUAUGAUUCAUGAAAAUAAGGGCAUUUGUAAACACAUAUAACAUGAAAAAGUAAAUUUGAGAGUUAAUCGAAGUGAAUAGCGGGAUGAAGAAGAAUGUACAAUGAAAUAACUGGUGGCCAAACAGAUACGAAUGUAGAUGUUGCUCAGUGUAUAUAGGUGUGAAGUCUAAUGGUGGAUAGUAUAUCCACAAAGUUAUUAUACAGAGUUGAUUCCAUGGUGGUUUGUUUGUUACAAAGUGGAGGUGUCACAUUUAGACCAGGAUCUGGAUUAAGAUAUAGACAAUAAAGUAGACCAUCAGGUGUUUCACAAAGAUGUAAGUGUGACAUAGAGAAGCAUUUAAUGCUUGGCGCGUCAUAAAAGGCAUGACUGCAUUGGUCAGAUCAUACCAAGAGGACAUGCUCUACUGCAUAUUAAAUAAUAAGAUUGUGCAUUUCAUAUAUGCGUCGGCAUUUAAGUGCAACUCUCAGGUCAUACUUGAAUCUUUGUGAAGCACCUUCCUGGUAUUCUAGACCCCAGGGUCUGGGCCAUGAAGGGUCUCAAGUUCGGACCAAGAUCUGACCAAUAAGCUUGAUCAGUCUUAACCCAGGGCCAGGCAUAGGUUUUGACUAUAGUCUACAUGAAGAUGUAGACUAAGGCCUGGAUAAGAUGCUAGACCAGGACUUAGUCCAAUCAGGAUUAGGGAUAGCCUAGGAUCAAUAGAGUACCUUGUGGUUAUGCUGCCUUACGAUAUAAGAGUGUCUUUUUUCUUCUGAAAAUACUUCACCUGAAGUGAUAUUGUAGAGUUGCUGCUGCGUUUUGUGUUCUAUAGUUUUGGGUUGUAGUUCACUUUUGUCAUUGGUAUUUAUUUCAUAGUUCCAUCUGAGGCCUUACUGAAUAGGAGUUCAUCAAAAUUUAUUUUAACAGUGUAACGUUUAAAGUCACUGCAAAUUCUGCACAAUAUACCAUUCAAAGAUUUUGAGAAUAAACCUCACGUAACUAGAUAAAUUAUUUUGAAAGGUCAUUAAUCACUAACGGUGAAAAGUAGUUAUCAUUUUGUUAAAUAACAUAAGCUUUACAAAAAAAGGAGUCAUUAUUUUGUGUGGAGGAAGGGGAGAUAUAAGCCAGAUGCAGAUCCAGUUGGAUUAGACAUAUUUCAGGGACCAUAUUGUUUUUGCACAGUAGUUGGCCUCUCAACUGUUGUCUAAUAUGGCUGAAUCUGCUCCUAGUAUAGGCAGUUGUUUAUAUUGAUGAUAUUCAUAGGUCCUUUUUAAAUAUGGGAUGGGCACAUUUAUUGAACUUCAUUAUAUUGUGCAUAUAGUGAAACAUAUACACUUUAUCAUACUCUAGAUUAUUUUUGCAGUUGAAUUGCCUUUAUUCAGAAUUCAUUGGAACAGUUAGAU